AUGCUUGCUACGCUUCCUCCUUCAGCACCCUCAGCGCUGGCUCCACGCAUUUCUCAGAUCUUGGAGGAGAGAGAAAGGCAGCAGAAGAAUGGACGUUCGGAGUCGCUAGGUCCUUCGCGACCUUAUCCCUCGCCGCAUCAAGUGGAGCGAUCCAUCUCUGAGAAGCAUCCCUCCCCUCUCGCCAGUUCCUCUCCUGAGCAAAUUACUCGCUCUGCGUCAUGGCCGCUGCAGUAUGAUGUCGAUCCUGACGAUGUCGACCUGAUACAACUGUCUAGCCCUGGUCCCCGACCGCUGGAUGAGGGUUCUAGUUCUCCUCGGCCAUACCAACAUAGCCCUCCGCUUAGUAGCGAUCAACCUACGCUUCGUCCGCCCGUACAAAAGGAAGGAGGGGUUAUCCCAAACUUUAUAGAACACCUUUCCCGAUCAUCUAGGCCUCAGCAACGCACUGUGACUUUUGAGAGCCGGACUGUAAUCCCGAAGCAUGCCAACGCCCAGACCCCUCUGGUCCAACAAAGCAACGUAACAUCCUCUCAGCAUUUACCAAACGAUGGCGAUGUCAAAUCUGCACAGAAAACCAAUGGAUAUUUCUUCCCGUCACCGCACGAUGAUCCCCGCAUCCGGCCUUUAUGCUCAAAAAUUCGAAAAGAUGCGUGGACGGUGCGGGCAUGCUACGAACACAUCGAGAAAAUAUACGAAAAGUUCCAUAUAUUCAAGCGAACAUCGGCACAAUUAGUCGAGAUGGGCCGUGCAUUCGAAACAUUUUGCAAGGAUCCUCUCCGCGAAGCCGAUCCUAACAGAGUUGCUGGCGACCAUAUAGCAUAUGUUCAACUAGCAGCUGACCUACGUGAUGCAGCAAAAUGGUAUCAGGAGCUCUGGAUGUGCUUCAGCCGGUGGUCACUGCUGAAUAUGCUUUGGUCGCUUGUCGGAUGGGCCGAGAUAAAAGACACGCUGAUCCGGCUGCACCAUAGCUGCCCGGAAUCGGUCAGAAAAAUGUGGGAGUGUUCAUUGAGUAACCCAGACCCGGAAUUCUCUCCCCGGUUUGAAGAAACGAUGGAUGCCAUCGUUUAUAUGCUCUCAUCUGAGGAUGACGUACGGUUAGUCAUUGAGCUGGACGAUCUGGACGCCCAGUCUUUCAUCGACCUCGUUGAUAGGGUCCUCAAUAUUCCGGAUACCUCCAUCUACAAAAAGAUCUUCCCUACGUAUAGGAAACUGUGCGGAUCGAGGGGACUGCUUCCUACUUCUCUGAUACUGCCAGCGGAUGAUUUGGAGGUCCCUACUGCGCCAGUCGCAGCAGGCGGCUUUGGAGAUGUGUACCGAGCGAGGCUAGGGGAGCGAUUCAUCGCCGUAAAAUCUUUGCGCAUGGAUAGAGAUGAGAUUUUACCCACUAUACGCAAAGAUUUCUGCAAAGAGGUGCUGGUAUGGAAAUACAUCUCCCAUCCCAACAUCGUGCGCUUCCUAGGCAUUUGCCAAACAGAACGGUUUGCUAUGUGCAUGGUGUCAGUGUGGAUGGCCAAUGGGAAUAUUAAGGAAUACUUGAAGAAGAAUCCCGGGGAGAACCGGAUAAGGCUGCUUCUUGAUGUGGCUAAAGGACUCCAAUAUCUGCACUCUCGGGAUGUUGUCCACGGCGACCUUAAGGGACUCAACAUCCUCAUUGACGACAACCGCCAGGCCAGGUUGAGUGACUUUGGGCUGGCAUCGGUAGUCAGCGGUUCAUCGUUUGAGAUGUUCUCCGUGACGAAUCGCGAUGCGGGUUCUACACGCUGGAUGGCGCCUGAGCUUAUUGACCCAGAGGACGCAGACCUUGAACGGGCAUGUCCCACCUACGCGAGUGAUAUUUAUGCGAUGGGAAUGGUUAUGCUGGAGAUCUUCACCAACCGCGUACCAUACUACAAAUCCUCAAACGAUGCACAAGUCCUCAGGCAGAUCAUCGCGGGCCACCCACCUGAGCGUCCUGCAGACCAGGAGAUUGUCGCACACGGCCUCGGGAAUGAUGCAUGGGCACUCAUGAGCUCGUGCUGGCUAAGGUGGCAGGACCGUCCAGGCGUUGAGCACAUCGUGACAAAACUUGCAGAGCUCAGGGCACACACUGAGCCUCAAAGUGAGGCUCGAUCUACGCCGAUCCCGACACCGACGUCGACCCCUACUCCGCAGUUCACGCCACAGUGGUAUACAAGUUCGAAAUAG